GAGAGAUCAGAUCUGAUCCUGACGGAGAACUGAACAGAACAAAUGCAGUCAUGGCACCUACAACCAGUGGACCAAUGAUCUACACUGCAGGACAAACUUUACUGACACAUAAGCUGAGAAAGCCAAUAGUGGAGAAAAUUCGGCGAGAACGUAUCAACAGCAGCAUUGAGAAGCUCAAGUCUCUUCUGAGCCAAGAGUUCCUGAAACAACAGCCCGACUCCAGACAGGAGAAAGCUGAUAUCCUGGAGAUGACGCUUGAGUUCUUCAGACGACAGCAGAAUCCCUCCACCUGCUCUCCUGCAGUUAAUGAUGGUUACUUCAGAUGUGUACAGGAGUCCAUCAACUUCCUGACUCAGUGUCAAGUGCAGACCGAGUCUCACAGAAGACUCCUGAAGAUCUUCCUCAACAUGAAGCCUUCAACAGAGAAGACGACGACACGUGUCCUGUCCCAGCUCAAUUCAGCGGUCUGUCAGAGCAGCAGCACAGAGAAAACUUCAACCUGCUGUCAACUCUGGAGAGCUUGGUAGAGUCACAUGGAGGACACUUUAUCAUUUAUGAAACCGAAUUCAAGAUGCCAGUCUGAGAUUGGCAUGGACUGUAAUUCAAAUGUAGGAAUUGAUUUCCAGCUCUGCUGCAUUGGCAGAAUGUUUAAAUACUUUCAGAGAAAGUUAAACUGUGUACGGCAUUAUUGUUUUGUCAGAAUGAUUAUUACAUUUGUGAAAGUAUGAUUGAAAGUUUUUGAUCAUAGAAAAGUCUGAUUCAGAUGGUUUACCCAUAUUGGGUUUAUUUUCUCCACAUCUAAGGAGGCUUAAACUGCUUUCAAUUUUUGAAAGCUUUUAUUUGUUUCAGUUGUCUGAAAUGCAUCUAUUGUUUUUCUUAUUACAUAAGAAAUAUUUCUUCAUUUGAAAGAUGUUAAUUGUAUGCGAAAAGCUCGAAUUAUUGUUUAUGAAGUUUAUGUAUGUACAUGCAUGUGUUUGACUUUGCAGACUCAGGUUAUCACCUUCACUGAAGGUACACCAUAUGCUUCAUAUUUGAAGCAUGAUAUAAAAUAAAUGUGAAAAAUA